AUGAAAAUAUAGAGAUCUGAAGACGAUCUAUCCUCUAAAUUGCAAGAAGAUGGAGUUAAUUAAUCAGCAGAUAAUUUAAGCGAUGAAGGAGAAUUAGAGAAGAGCACAUUGCAUUAUACUUGGUUUGUAAGGACAUUUGGACCAAUGAAAAAAGGAUCUCUUCGAUAAUCAGUUAUUGCGCUUAUGUGUGCCGCAAUGGGUUCGGGUAUGUUAUCCUUUCCAUCAAAUCCAGUUUAAUCUGGAUUAAUAAAUUGUAUUUUACUUAUGAUUAUAUGUGCAUUAUUAUCCAGAUUCUCUAUGUAGAUAUUAAUGAAAUGUGCAUUCAAGUAUGAUUAGCGCUCAUAUGCAGAAUUAGUCAAAUUUGCUUUAGGGCCAAGUAUCUAAAAAUUUUAUUCUGUGGAUGUUAUUUGUUAUACUUUCGGAGCAAUUGUUUGUUAUUAAAUUUUGUUUGUAUAACUGGUUUGGUAAGUGUUAUUAAAGUUUAACUUUGAUGAAUCAUAUAAGGAUCAAGUCAGAUAUAUUGGUGGAUCAAUUUUUAUGAUUAUAAACUUCCCAAUCAGUAUGAUGAAAGACUUAUAUUCCUUAAGAUAUUUCACUCAUUUAUAAAUAUUAAUUAUAGCAUAUAUUCUUGUGACUAUCGUCAUAUAUUUCUUUAUUAAUGUUUCAAAUACUUUUGAUUCAGACAAGAUAGUAUAUUUUGAUUUUAACAUUUAAUUAACUAGUACAUUUGCGGCAACUUUUUUUGGUUAUAUUUGCCACUAGUUGAUAUUCCCAAUAAGAUCUGAAUUAAAAAGAUCGACAUUGAAGAGAAUGUCUAAAAUAUUUAAUAGAGCCAUCGCUUCAGAAGCAAUAAUUUAUUUGACUUUAAUGGUUUUUGGAUACUUAAGCUUUUUUGAUAAAACAGAAAAAAUUAUUAUAGAUAAUUAUGAUGAUAUCCCAUUUACAUUGGCCAAAGCCUUAUUUGCUUUUAUUAUGUUUUUCGCAGUUCCAAUCAACUUAAACCCUUCUAGGUUGACAGUUUUACAAUUAAUUGACAAGGAAAAAAGUUGGAAGGCUUAUGUUAUUUGUACAGUAGUUUUAUAAUAUACAACAGGAGUUAUUGCAAUGAUAUAUCCAAAUGUAAAGGCAAUUUUUGGUUUGUUAGGAGGGAUUUUUGGUAUGAUUAUGGUUAUAGUCCUACCAUGUGCAUUGUAUAUAACCUUAGAAUUAAAGGAAGGCAAAAAGUGGUCGGAUUCCAAUAUAAUAGUUACAUUGUUGAUAGGGAUUGUUGCGGGAAUUUCUGGUUUCACAGGAGCAAUAGUCAGCUAGAUUUAUUCAUGA